GCUCCGCGGCUUCAGGGGGGGUGAAGGGGGGUUCAGCUGGCUCUCUGGCCCCCAGCUCCCCACCUGCGGGCAGGGAUAGCACGUUGCGGGCGGCUCCAGGAAAAGACCCUGCGGGACAGGGGGGCGCGAUGGCCGGGCCACGCGACCAGAGCGACGUACGCGAGUUCACGCGCCACUCCAACGACGUCCUGAUGAACCUGAACGAGCUCCGGAAGCGGCACAUCCUCACGGACGUCACCUUGCGGGUGGGGGGCUGCCCUCUGCAAGCCCACAAAGCCGUCCUCACCGCCUGCAGCGGGUUUUUCUACUCCAUCUUCCUGGGCCAGGGGGGCCACGAGGUCAGCGUGCUCACCUUGCCCAGCUCCAUCGAGCCCGCUGGGUUCCAGGCCCUCCUCGACUUCAUGUACACGUCUCGCCUGAUCCUCACGCCGGGCACCGUGCCCGCGGUGCUGGCUGCCGCCUCUUACCUGCAAAUGGAGCACGUGGUGGAGAGUUGCCAUCGCUUCAUCCAGGCCAGCUACGACCGGGUGACCUUCUUCCUGACCCCCCCAGCGGCCACCUUCCCCCGCCACAAAACCCUGGAAGACGCCGCGGGGUCCCUCGCACCCAGUUUCCCAAGGCAGGGGCAAGAAGAACCCCCCACCACCGCCGGGGCCUCCGGCUGCCCUCUACCAGGUCCCUACUGCCCAAAGGAAAAGCAAUUGGGGUCUGCGAUGUCUCCCGGGGCCGGGGACCAGUCUCCUCCGGGCCAGCCGGCCUCCCCCUGCGAGUCCAGCAGCUGCGCCCCCCCAGGCGCGGACCCCAAAGCCUGCCACUGGAAGAAGUACCGCUUCAUCGUCCUCAACUCCAUGCUGCGCGAGGGGAGGCUGGACCCCCCCGAAUCGCACGGCCAGGUUGGCCAGGAUGGAGACCCCGGGGACGGAAGCCUCCUUCACAGGCUGCCUUCCUCUCAGCCCCACUGCUCCGCCUGCAACCAGCCAGCCCCCCUGCUUUGCUCCCACCCUCCAGAGGACACUUCCAUGGGGCAGGGAGACCCCUGCGGUUCUGGGGCUGGCCCUUACAACUGCAGUGCCUGUGACUCAGGGUACCUGGAGGAAGACGAAGAAGAGGGGCGAGGAGGAGGACGGAGCCCCCCAGCGUCAGAAAGUGCCCUUGAAGAGAAGCCGUACAAAUGCCAUUUCUGCAGCUCGGCCUUCCGCUACAAAGGGAACCUAGCAAGCCACAGAUCUCUGCAUACCGGAGAGAAGCCGUACCACUGUGGGAUUUGCGGCGCUCAGUUCAACCGCCCGGCGAAUCUCAAGACUCACCUGCGUAUCCACUCCGGGGAGAAGCCCUACAAGUGUGAGACCUGCGGAUCUCGUUUUGUGCAGGUCGCUCACUUGAGGGCCCACGUCCUGAUCCACACCGGGGAGAAGCCCUAUCCCUGCGGAACGUGCGGGACUCGCUUCCGGCACCUCCAGACCCUGAAGAGCCACAUCCGUAUCCACACGGGAGAGAAGCCUUAUCAUUGUGAGAAAUGCAACAUUCGCUUCCGCCACAAGAGCCAGCUGCGGCUGCACCUGCGCCAGAAACACGGCGCCGUCACCAACACCAAGAUUCGCUACAAAGUCCUCGAGGGCCCUUACGCCGGUCUCUGCUGAAUGGAGAGCGUAUUGCACGGUUUUUUACCGGAUCCACAAAAUCCACCUACUGGCAGAUUUUGCGCUCAGGUAUUUGUUUGGAAUCUUCCUUAUAUCCUGCACCUGAGAGCUGGACCUUUGGGUGUCUGAAAUUCAGAAUAUCGGACGCCCUAAAUGCUGGGUGUCACAUUCUUGGCGACUGCAUUUUUUCAUUCUUUAAAGAGGGGGGUCCUGCAAAUGUCUGACAGAGAUGUCUGCCAGUUCCGAACCCCCCAAUUUAGACCGUUCGGCAAGUUUUGAAUGUUUAGAUUGAGAGCUGAUUAUUAUUCAGAAUCAGGGCAGGGGAGAUACUGGGCAAACAUUCUUGCUUCGUGCCCCCGGCUCCCAAGAUAUAAACCCACUAGGCCCUACUCCCCUCAUGGAGGGGGGGUGGAGAAGAAACCCCAAAAGCCUUUGCAGGUGUAUGGCUCUGCAGGCAGAGCCAAGAUAGUAAAAGCAGAGUUUCCAAGCCAGUUUCUUGCCUUCUUAGCUUAUAUGUUAUUUUUGUAGAGGAAGGGGUUAUCCCCCCCCUCACUUUUCCUCCAAAUGUGCCGCCUGGGAAGCGGUGCAAAAAUUCGGUGCUCGAAGAGAAAGUCUGCGAAGGAAAUGCUGGGCCCAGAGAGAAAUCGGUGCAGGUUCUUAGAAGCAGAAAAAGCUGUUAAACCUGCUAUACACCUCUCGGGCUGCAGAAAUGCACUGUCCCUUUAAAGCACAUCCUCUCCCUCAAAGGACUCUGGGAACUGUAGUUUGCUGAGGCUGCUAGGGGUAAAAAAACUACAGUGCCCAGAAUUAUUUGGGGGGAAAGAAUUUGCUUCCGAUGUCCUUUAGAUAUAUAGAGUGGCCUUAAUACCACACGGUGUAAUUUCUUAGGGGCUGCUGGGAGUUGUAGCGUGGUGAGAGGGCUCGCGAGCAAUUAUUAAACCUUUAACAAACUAGAGUUCCCUCCCAUAAUUCACUGGAGGGAGGCCACCACGGCUACGGAUUCCCAAGAUGCUUUGGGGGCGGAAGCUGCGACUGUGGAUUCCCAGAAUCCUCUGGGGCACCUUCAGCCCAGUACUUGACUCCUUUGAACAGCAGAGACUCUCAGGCGGACUUUUCCCUGCUCCUGACAGCCGGAGAUUUGAACCCAGAACCUUCUGCGUGCAGAGCAGGGGUGCCUGCUACUGAGAGCUAACCCCACACCCUAGCUAUGGACUCUCCACAGGACAUAAGCUAGCCGCAUCUUUCGACAGCGGGGUGGUGAAUGUUGCACGGAAACCUCCAGCCGCCUUCGCCAACCUUUCUCCUGGACCACAACUCCCAUCAGCCCCCUGGCCUGCGCAGCCGCCUGCUGCUGAGGCUGCUGGGAGCGUGGCUGCGCUGGGCUGAUGGGAGUUGUAGUCCAAAGCCGCCAGAAGGCGCCAAAUUGGAGGAGGCUGCGUUAGAGGAGUUUAUUAGAAUCAUUCUUUGACUUCAUUUUGUUUUUUUAAUGUUUUGUGUCUUGUACUUUGCUCUUUCUAAAUGUGUUAUUUUGCUGGCCAAAUCUGUCUUGUCUGUUCCUAGUGCUCCAUUGUUAUUCUUGAUUAUUAUUAUGAUUAUUAUUGCUGCUGCUGUUUCCUUCUUCCGACUGCGAUUCUGCUUUGUUUGCCGAUCUUCCUCUUAACGUCGAAGAGAUGUUGCAGGUCGCGUGGGCCGCUUCCACCCUUUGCCAUCAAAGCGCUGUGUGAUACCACUUUAAAGAGCCAUGAGCCAACCAUGGGAACUGUAGUUUGUUCAUGACACUGAGAGUUGUGAGGAGACCCUUCUAUUCCCCCUACAGAGUAACAGUUCCCAGAAUUCCCUGGGAAGUGGGAUUGACUCUCAUGGGAGUCCUGGAAGCUGUAGUAUCGAGAGGAGACCCCCACCUGCCCCUCGUAGAACUCUAGUUCUGUUAUGGCAAAAUUCUGGGUGCGAGAAUGUGGUCGUUGCGGAGUAUAAAAGGAAGGAGUCCAGCCACGAUCCGGAGCAAACAGCAAGGUUUAUUACUGCGCAGCAGGUUCAAUGCCAGACUGAACACCGUGAACGGGGCUGCAAGAACUUUUAAAACUUCCCACCACCAUCCCAUAAUGCACAUCGAAAGCAUCAUACCUACAUCACUUGUGACAGGGUAAAACGUCAGAAAAGGGGAAGGUGCAAGGGGCAUUAGCAUACAGGUAAACAGGAGGUAAACAGGAUCUAACAUAAGGUAACAAUGCACGAUGUCCCAGGACAUUGAUAAGCAAGUACCAGUAAGUAUCUGGGAGGGGAUCCUUGAGUACCUGGCGGGGGGAGGGGAACAAUGGGUCCAGGUGUGAGUAUUGCCUCUGGCUUCGGAGGGUCGGGAAUGGCAGGAGAUGGUACCUGAAUGCAUUAUGGAUAUGCAGAGGAGCACCACCCUGGCUCCGUGACCUCUCGCUUAAAGGCUGUUCCCUGCAUCCCUGAGAGCCCUUGGCCAGAGUCGCAAAAGGGGGUUUCAUUUAGAAAUACAGAUACAUGGUAUUCAUUCAUAAAGAAAUAUGGUUAUGUUAUAGCCAUCUUCCCAGUCUCCGCUCUGCUUCAAAGACCUUAUGGAAAAUUGCCCCUAAAAUGCGCAGCCUUUUAGGAAGGAUAACAGUUACAUAGAGUCUCAGGCAACAGAGAAAGGGUAGGAAAGGGAGCCUUUAUUACACAGGGCUUGAUCUUGGGGGGUUCGUGUUGGUGCGAUACUAGAGUGGUGUUGUAGGAUCAGACGGGGUCCUCUUGAGGGCAUUUGUGCCAAUCUUGAUUCCCUAAUGAAGCCUCGUUUGUGUGCCCCCCCUAUAAAAUUCCCUAACAAGUUCCCAGAGUGCUUUAACCAUCAAUCCCUCUUCCCAGGGGAUUCUGGGAAUUGUGCCUCUGCAGCGGGGCGGCGAUAAGAUAGGGUCUCAUAUUUCAAGAAGUAAAAAAUCCAGACACAUAAAGUUGUUGAGCUUUUUUAAAGGAAAGUUGUUCAGCCCAGAUUUCCCCGGACACUGGUUUCCAUGGGUGUAGACAGGGGGGGGCAGGAGGGGGCAGCUGCCCCCCCCUAGAAGCAAAAAAUUAUUGUAUUUUACAGACCAUAACCAAUACUUUGCCCCUCCAAAAACUGAAGUGGAAAGGGCUUUGCUUUAGCAAGAGCAGCUCUCCACUUGCUGGGGGCGGGAACACAGCUGUAACAAAAACACAUCAAAUAAAUAAAGCAAAGUGGCUACCGGUACUUAAGCAGUUAAGACAAUGGAGCAGAAUAUCCCUUCAGGCAAGGUUCACCCUAUUCACCCUAUUGUUAUUCAGUGGGAGUUGUUAAUGGGCAUUCAGGGAUCGCAUUAACAGUUCUAUUGGCGAUUUAAUGAGGUUGCAGAGGAUUCAAUUUGACUAAGGUGGCCCUGCAAGGCUAAAAGGAAGUGAAUAAGAAGGGGGGGGGCUGUAGCUUUGAUAGACACAGUGAUGUUUAUAAAAAGCAGUGGUGUUCCAGUCUGCCCCUCCUCCUGCAUCUGUAUACUGUAAAUCAGGGGUGGCCACCUCCCAAGAGACUCUGAUCUACUCACAGAGUUAAAAACUGGGAGUGAUCUACCCCCUUUUGGGGGGUUCAGGUCAAAGCUGUUGAGUUUUUUUAAGGAAGGGAAGCCCUGUUUUGGGGGGUUUAGGUCAAACUUGUUGAGCUUCUUUUAGGAGGGAGGGAGGCCCAUUUUUGUUUAGGGCUUCAGGUUAUAGUUCAGCUUUUUUUAGGGAGGAGGAAAAUUUUGGGUGAGCUUUUUUAGGGGUGCCAGUGAUCUAGCAGUGAUCUACCACAGACAUCCAGUGAUCUACUGGUAGAUCACAAUCUACCUGUUGGACGUGCCUGCUGUAAAUCAAGCAGAGAGAAAGCUGCUUACAAGGCUCCUGUACAGGUGUACCGGUAUCUUCCUCUUGCUGCAGAGUUCUAGCAUAACAGCGUCACCCAGAGGCACCCACAAAUGUGAGUUAUCCCUCUCUCUAUUCCUUCCUUUCCUCCCUCUUCCAUCCUCAAUAAAAUACGGGGGGGGGGCAGAUAAGCCCCACAUAGAAAGCCCAUCAACAUGGGGGGGGAAUGACUCUUUAAAAUACAGUAUUUACCAGUAAUUUUUUUUGGGGGGGGGGAGGCACCUAGGCCUCUAGGAGUUGGCUGCUAUGCCUAGGACAAUUCAAGAAAGCAGAAUGAUGCAUAUGCUAUGGUAAUAUAUCAAUAGAAUCAUGGAAUUGUAGUCGGAAGGGACCACAAGGGUCAUCUAGUCCAACCCCCUGCAAUGCAGGAAUUUUUCCCCAAUGUGGGGCUUGAACCCACAACAUGGUUGAAAUAUAAUGCUGAUAUGCAGCAACGCCUCGGAGCCAUCGAGACUGCGGCCCUGUCUUGCCUCGCCCUCGCCCGCCCUGCCACCCCCUCUCCCCUGCCCAACCCUCCCAUCAUCUUGCUGCAGAGUUCCAGCUUCACAGCAUCACCCAGAGGCACCCACAAAUAUGAGGUAUCCCUCUCUCUAUUAUUCCUUCCUUCCCUCCC